CCUACUGCCCCUCUUGAGCAUCCCAGAAUCUGCUUUACUUGUUUCGGAAUAUUUUAAAGCGAGAAAGCUUUCGCAAGUACAGCGGCCGAUUAAAAAGAAAAGCACCCUUGAUCGUUCGCAGGCCUGCAGUUAUUUAUUCGAUCUCGAGAUUUAUCAACCCACUUUAGUGGUAGGUUAGAGCGAAGCUGCGAUAAAGAGAAACCGAAAAAGAAGCCAAGGAAUUGCAAAUGUAUAUUCCCUCCUCCUUUUCCUUCAGGAGCAGCUAAUGAAAGAUCAAAGUGUUCCUAACGUGUAACAUUCUACUUAAUCAACCGAAGUUGACCUUGGUUAUAAGUAAUGUAAGUGUGAACAGUUUUAUGGAGGCAAUAACUGGAUUUCGCGGCGAAAAAAAGAUGAGAACAAUUUCUCCAGCUAUAAUCCCAUGCAUUGUAAUUGUACUAUCGCUGUCGGCCAUUUUGAACAAUCUAACUCAUUCUGGAGCAUGUAAUCAUCAAUUGACUAACAAGCAGAAAAGCCAAAGAGAAUUUGCCAGCGCUACCAGAAAACACGGCACCCUUCCGAAUUGCGAAAUUAUCCUUUUCACAUAUGGCAAUUUUUUUUUUUUUUUCCCCUCAUGGUAAUUGGAAAAGUUUUGGUGUACAAAGCAAAAUGCUUUGGGGGAAAAGUUACACACGCAUUAUUCAAUGUGGUGGGGCUCUCAAAUGAGGAAGAGAAUCCUACAAAGGGUGGGGGAGAUGAGGAGAACACAGCGAGAGAAAACAAUGCACACAACUUUUCUUUUUUCUAUCCUUUUGAGAACCAUAGUUGGAACUGUUUUGCUUUUCUCCCUUUACUCAUCAAAGAUUCUCUCCCUUUCAGGUCAAAUAAGUGAAAGGAAAAUGAAAAGGAGGAGCAAAAUAAAGAAAGGUGACAUGGAGUGGAGGAAAUAUGUGGCCCACAGCUGAUGCAUAUAUUCUUCCAUGAGUUCCACUAAUCAAUUCAUUACAUGGGAAGAUUGAGUGGAGUGCAAGGAUAGCAACACAAAAAAAAAAGAGAGCAUCUCCUAUAAAACUUGCAUAUAUAUAUAUAUAUCUAUAUAUGUUUACAAAGAGGUAGGAACGCAGGCGCCAAAUCUACUAUUUAGGUGUUGUUGGCACCUACUCAUGCUUUCAUUGGAGUUUAUGAGUCUAUUUUCGACAUGGGUUCGACCGAAAUGCCUGAUCAAACCGGAAACAGUCGGCUGGCUUUACCGGCCGACGCUAAGCCUCGGGUUAGAUGGACACGAGAGCUUCACGAGCAAUUCCUUCGUGCGGUCUCGCACCUCGGCGGAGCUGAUAAAGCAACACCAAAAUCAGUUAUGCGGAUGAUGGGUGUUCCGGGGCUUACUCUGUACCAUCUUAAGAGCCACCUCCAGAAAUACAGGCUCGCGAAGAGUAGAGACCCAGGCACUCUUUGCGGCAGUAAAGAAGAAGAUUGGCACGAAGCGCAAACUGAAGCAUCGGAAAACAGAACUGCUCACCCAGACAAUAACAGAACAGUUCAGCAGUUUAAUGAGAACAUGUUGCAGAUGCACAUGGCAGUACAAAAGAAGUUACAGGAACAGAUUGAGGUUCAGAAACACUUGCAGCUAAGGAUCGAAGCGCAGGGGAAGUAUUUGCAAUCUGUGCUAAGAAAAGCUCACGAAACACUAGCUGCGUAUAGUUCUAGUUCAAUAACCGAGCUCUCUGAGCUAGUCUCUGCAGCAGAGACACUGUGCCCGAGCUCCCUGUUAUCUCAAACUAUCUUCAAUCCUAACCGAGCGCAACAAGGCGAUUGCUCCACGGAUAGCUGUGUAACUAGUGAAGAAUUCGAGAGAGAGAACAAAAUGGGAUGUAAAAUAAAGAGUUCUCUGUCAAAAGGGGGUGACGAGUUAACUGGUUUUAAAAGGAGCUGCAGCAGAAUCAAUGGCGAGUACGGUGAUGAACGGCCUAUAAAUGCAAAGAGGAGCCUUUGUGAGACGGAAAAUGGUGGUUUUAUGCUGCAAGAACAGAUUGAUCUGAACAGUUAGUUGGAGAGAAAGAACAUUUGGAAUUGGAGAAUGCAGUUGCCAUUGAGUUCUAAAGAUGGUAACCUCUUAUUUGUUUCUUCUUGUUUGUGUCUUUGUCUGCAUGCAGGCGCAGGCUUAAAAGAAGGAAUUCCAUGCUUGUGCCAUAAUCCUAUGCAGGACAUAUAUGCUAUUCCAGUGUUUUUAGGAUAAAAUAAUGCAGGAAACUUAGGAAGCCUUGAAAAUGGCAGAUCAUGCUAUGGCCAUGCGUUGUAUUUGUGUGAACUUCAACGUUCUUACUGAUUGAACCCUGCUUCGUGAUGGUAGUUACAUUUUAUAUUAGAAUUUUGAGAUAAUCCCACUA